ACUAUAUAUGCUUGAAUGGCAAAACUCUCGUCUUCAGAGUAAGAUGGAGUCACCCGUAGAGCGGGCAAGUUCCCGCCAAAGCCGUGACAUAGAUAUCGCCAGAAACGUUUACGACGAAAGCUUCUUCACUGCAUCAAAACGCCAUGGCUCUCCAUUGAGUAGCAAAGAAGACUCAACGAAGAAGAGCCGUUACUUGAAUGCCGUUCGUCGAAAGCUUUCUCCGAGUUCGUGUUCAUGGAGUGGAUUCAUCUCUGUGCUGACUCAGCUCAUGCCGAUUAUUCGCUGGUUACCAAAAUACAACUUCAAAGAAGAUUUGUUUCCCGACUUAAAUGGAGGUGUUACGGUCGCUGUCAUGCAUAUUCCUCAAGGACUCGCAUUCGCCAUGCUGGCUUCUCUUCCGCCGGUCACGGGACUUUACACCGCCAUUGUCCCAGUAUUGCUUUAUAUGAUCAUGGGUACAUCACGUCACUUGUCUGUAGGUAGUUUUGCAGUCAUAUGUUUGAUGGUGGCACAAGUUGUUGAACGCGAAGUGGGUCACAUGCCCGCAACACCCAGUCCCGCACCAGGUAAUAGCUCGAUGCCCAGUCCUUCUCCGACAAGUGGAGGCUCCGCGUUAUGGUCACCCUACGAUUCGGCCAAAUUGGAAGUCGCCAUUUCCCUCUCCUUACUCGUUGGCAUCAUCCAGGUUAUCAUGGGAGUGGCGAAGCUGGGGGUUGUGGCGACGUACUUGUCGGAUCCAUUGAUCAGCGGUUUCACCACAGGAUCAGCGGUGCUUGUUGUCAACAGCCAAUUGAAACAUAUACUUGGACUAACAGUUCCUCGGAUCACCGGAUCAUUUGCCGCAGUGAAGAUCUUUAUUCAUAUGAUGAAAAACAUUCCCUCGGCGAACGUUGGAGCCGUAAUUACAGGCCUGCUCUGUCUUUUUCUGUUGAUUGGACUGAAAGAAAUAAACGUUAGAUUCAAGGACAAACUGAAAGUUCCCAUCCCUGCUGAACUUCUAGUGGUUGUUGUCGGAACUGCCAUCUCAUAUGGUGCGGCCAUUAAUGCGAACUUUGGUACACCGAUCAUAGGAGAAAUACCGAAGGGACUUCCCCCUCUGAGUGUACCAUCUUUAUCCAAGAUCUCGAACAUUUUCUCAGACGCCUUUGUCAUCGCAGUGGUGAUAUUUGCUACAAACAUCUCGCUAAGUACGAUGUUUGCUAAGAAGCGUGGUUACUCAGUCGAUCCGAACCAGGAGCUGAUUGCGUAUGGAGCAGGAAACAUUGGUGGAUCUUUUUUUUCGUGUUUCCCGAUCUGCAAUGCUUUAGCGCGUACAGCGGUACAGGAAAACCUUGCAAACACUCAGCUUUGCAGCGUGGUUGUGAUCAUCUUGGUCCUUCUCGUUCUACUGUUUAUUGCUCCACUUUUUUUCCAUCUUCCAAAGGCUAUCCUAGCUGCAGUUGUGAUCGCCAAUCUCGUUGGCCUACUCAAACAAUUUAGACGGCUGCGGCAGUUAUGGGGAAUUCACAAACCUGAUGCGAUUGUAUGGUUUUUCUCUUGUUUUGGUGUCAUACUGCUGGGAGUUGGUCUUGGACUUGGUGUAGGCGUGAUCUGCGCCUUAUUUAUAGUGGUUUUCUCUCUUUCCAGGUCCAAGUACACAAUCCUUGGAAGAGUAAAAGAGACUGAGUUAUAUCGUGACAUCAACCAAUGGCCCUCGGCUUUUGAGGUCCGUAGUGUGAAGGUGGUGAGACUCGAGUCUCCUCUUUUCUUUGGUAACGCGGAGCGCUUCAGAGAGGCACUUAUUGAUGCCACUGGAGUGGAUCCCAGUUCUCAACAGGAAGCACCCAAACUGGGAAACGACGGCGAAAAACAUGAUCUUCUCAAGAACAAAAGCGGUGGAAACAGUUACGGAGGAAUCCCUGGCGUUAAACCAAUUCCUGAGGACAAGGGUAGGACCUCAAGGACAGCUGCCGUUGAAGUUGAUGAGCCGCAAACCUGCAUUCGCGCUAUCGUCAUUGAUUGUAGCAGUUUUACUUCCAUCGAUUCUGUUGGACUUCAAACGCUUCCCUCUCUUCUAUCGGAGUUCAAGAAAGCUGGAGUUAAGAUAUACCUGGCUGGUUGCUCAUCAAACCUCAUUAAAAGGCUCGCAAGUCCCUCUGAGAGGUCCGCUAUACAGGCCAUUCCACGUCACGCGAUGUUUCCAUCCAUUCAUGACGCCGUUACAUCAGCCGCACGAUCACGUAACAACCCACUUUCGGGAGAAGACGGUGAGUCAUGUUUGUAAUGCUGAUACUGGCUGAUUUUUCUGUCGUGGAAAAUUUCAGAUCGUUGGUAGUUCUUUUAUCACUGGCGAACGAAAUAAACUUUUUAAUAAUCGGUAGCAGAGAGGGGCAGGGUGAUGAGCUCUUCGUGCAGAAUUCAUUUGAUUUAUGGGUCUUCAAAGAAUGAUAGAAUUAGCAUCAUGAACGAUUCAUAACGUAAAUAUAAUCCAAACAUUUCUCUUUUUUUAACGGAAUAUUAAUUUGUACUUAAUUUGAAUAUUAAACAUGUACUUUAGGGAAGUAGUCAGGGGAUGGGAUGAAGCCACCAACCCGCCAUAGUUAACCAUGCUUUAUUUUAUUCUUUUCAUUAUACAUAUGUAUCAUUAAACUUAAACAAUUAAACAAAAUUUGAAAUAGA